AUGGUCACAUGCUGCUGUCCUGUGUGCGGCUGUGGCCCCAUCAGGGUGGUCCAUUUAUAUCGCCAUUUACGAAGUGCACACAACUGGACAGAAGAGCAAAUCGAUGAGGAAGAGAUGGCAAUGAAGGCAAAAACUUUAGCUCAAAAAGGCAAUCAUAAAUGUGGUGCAUGCGACAAAACGUUUGUCAACGAUCAAGGUUGCAGUCGACAUUGGAAGGUGGCACACAAAGGAGUUCAGCGUUUUUCUGGAAAUUAUGUUGUCUGCCCAAGUUGUCAGCAAAAAUUCCAAAAUAGUGCACAACUCGUGAAACAUUGGAGAGAAGAGCACGAGCAAGAGGAGGACCAAAGCGUCGAUCCUAACUUCGUUCUAGCGUUUCUGAAUCGUACUUUGCGACAGCUCGAUUGUAUGGAGCGGAGAAACCAGCCGUUAAUAUCUAAUCCUGGAUGGCGUUGGAGGGGAAAGAAGAAAGUUUCUAAAGUCCCUCAAGUACAGGAGAAAGAAGUGCAUGAUCCUACGCAAGUUCCACAAGUGCAGAUGAAAGAGGUGCAUGAUUCUUCUGCUGGAGAGUUGCUGUUCGACUCGGCUGUAAAGCAAGAAGCGCCUGGUCCAUCUCACGUUCCCCCACAGAGUGGUUCUGAAUUGCAAAUGGCGGAUGAAGGACAUUCCGACGAUUCGAGUGGGAGCAGUGAUCAAAGUGGUGACGGACAGAUGCUAGGCACAUCGCGACGAUCUCGAUCUAGCGAAACUCCAGAGGAGGAGGCGGCACGAAGACGAUUCAAAGCCGAGAGGGAACGCAUUCGACGUUAUCAGACGAAACUGCUUAAAGAGAAGCAACGAGAUAUGGCCAUUCAUGCCUAUGAAGCAAUGCGGAAUGCGCCCCCACACGUCGCUCAGGUUGGCCGUUAUGCUAUGAGGUAUUUGAUCGAAUUUCAUUGGAAGUGUGUAGGCUAUGUGGCGCACAAAUGUUGGUCAAGCUCCACAAAAUGUUGCGGUUCAAAAGACUCAGAAAGAAGUGGUGUCGCAAAAUGUCACGGUUCAGAAGCCUCAGAAAGAAUCGGUCUCUUCCAACAAGUUGAAGUAGUUGUUGCAAUGUAUGAGUUUCAACAUUUCAGAGCCGCAUGCUACGCACUUGUUGGCCUCAGUUCAGAGUCGGAGCGACAAAAAUUUGUUGACGUUGCGGUCAGCAAUGGUUUCUGUGAUUUGAUGUUCAUGAAAGGUCCGAUAGGCAAUGCUUUGGAUGGUGUCCAACUAUUGUACUUGAACACCUCAGGAGUUGCUCCUCGUCCUCAGGAGAAAGCAGCAACGAAAGUGGAAGUCAAUGGUGUGUUUAUGUGUUAUUUCCUGAAAUUCUAA